UUUUGGAUAAAAGGAAUAAUGUUCAAGAGUAGUUUACUGACUUUUCCGGCUCUGAAAACUGUUGUAGGAGCUCAAGAUCAAUAUACUGUGGUUUUUAGUUCAGCUUGGAGAAGAUUGUUAGGAAAGUCAACUGUUCUCUAUUACUUCUCUACUGAUGAGAGUCGGGAACUUGAUAGCUGCUCCGCAAAACAGGCAUAUGGUGAGAACAAGAGUGGAAUAGACAAAUUGAAUUUUGCUGUAACGAAUGAAGAAAGCAACAAAUUGUCGUCAAAAUAUCUCAAGCAAAUAUUGAAACUUGUUAAAAGAGAGGAUAUCACGAAGGAAUACUUUCAGUCUCGAGGAAUACCAACCUCACUUUUGGAGGUUAGAAAUGCUUGCAAAGAUGAACAACUGCAAAGAAACUUAGCAAGUGUUGUAAAUAAAUAUGCAACAGAUUGUUCAUCCACAAAGAAUGAUGAUAGGAUUCCAAAGAAGACAACAAUACUUUCAGAAGGAGAAGGUGACAAAGUAACUAUGGCUUGUUUACCUAUAAUUGCGAAAUAUUUGGAAGAUAAAUAUCCCAAACAAGUUCAUGCACAUCAUCGCAUAUUGAAAGUUGUGGAUUUCAGUCAUCCUGAAGAUUGGUAUCCUUUAGCAAGAGAGAUAAAGAGGAGAAUAAUAUUGCAUAUCGGCCCAACCAACUCUGGAAAGACACAUGCAGCUUUGGAAGCUCUAAGAGCAGCUCAAUCAGGCAUUUAUUGUGGUCCAUUGAGAUUGCUUGCUUGGGAAAUUCAUGAACGUCUCAAUAAAGGAGAUGAGAGUCACCAGUGUGUACCUUGUGAUCUUUUGACCGGGCAAGAACAAACGGAUAUUCCUGAUGCACAACAUAUAUCUUGUACUAUUGAAAUGGCUCCCGUGCAUAGAAGAUUUCAGGUGGGAGUUAUUGAUGAGAUUCAAUUAUUAGGAGAUAAUGAAAGAGCUUGGGCAUGGACUAGAGCGUUACUUGGUCUAGCAGUUGAAGAGUUACAUUUAUGUGGCGAUCCAAGUUCAGAAAAUAUUGUUCGCAAGUUGAUAAACAGAACCCAAGACAGCUUGUCCGUUCAGUAUUAUGAAAGAUUGUCUUCAUUGACCGUCGAAGAAGACAGACUAACAUCUCUUCAACAGUUGCAAGCUGGAGACUGUCUUGUUGCCUUUUCUAAAGCAGAUUUAUUCAAGUGGAAGGUUGAUAUUGAAAGAGAAACUGGAUUGAAAUGUUCAGUUAUAUAUGGAGGUCUUCCACCAGAAGUUCGUCGUCAACAAAGUAUGUUAUUCAAUCAUUCCAAUCGUUCGGAUCGCAUUUUAGUGGCAACAGAUGCCAUUGGAAUGGGUUUGAAUUUGAAUAUAAGAAGAGUCAUAUUUUCUUCCUUAUUAAAAUUUGAUGGAAAAGAAGUAUGUUCGUUGAGCCCUUCACAAGUGAGACAAAUUGGAGGUAGAGCUGGACGAUUUGGUUCAUUAUUUCCUGAUGGAUUGAUUACUGCAGUAAAUCAGGAAGAUUUAGAAUAUAUUCGAGAAACUUUUUCUAAGAAACUUGCUCCAGUUCCUCAAGCGGGUUUAUUUCCUUCUGCAGAUAAAGUUCAACUUUUUGCAGAAGAGAAGGCAGCUAGUCGCUCCAGUUUCUCAAUGAUUUGGGAUGAAAUGGCUAAUUUGGCUCGGGUGGAUGGAACCUUUUUUUUGUGCUCUUUUGAUGAUGUCAAAGCAAGAGCUCAAGUGAUUGAGGAUUUGCCUCUCUCCAUUGAAACCAAGUAUACCUUAUGUAUGUGUCCUGUGGAUAUGGGUAUUCCCAAACAGUCAGUGGCUUUUGCAGAGUUUUCAAGAGAGUUGGCUUUCGAAGGUUGUGUUCGACUUACUAAAGCAAUGCGUCAGGUGUAUCCUGCAGAGAAUUGGAAAGAUAUGAACGAUUUAGAAAGCACUUACAAAAUUUUGGAUAUGUAUUUAUGGUUGGCACAACGUUUUAGAGAUGCUUUUGUAGAUAUUGAGAAUGCAACUAUGUUACGAACCAAAUGUUGCAGAGUUUUGCAGAAUUGUUUGAAUUCUAGAAACCUGACAAAAUCAUUUGACCUUAAGAAGUCUCAGUUGUCGAAAAGAAAGAAGAAAUGGAAAUAAUGAAUGGAUUUCUUAAGCAUUCAGAAUUUGUAAAGGAUGUGUUCGUUCGAUGAUGGGAUGAUAAGCGGGAUUUAAAUUUUGAAUUGGGAAAGAAUUAUUGGCAUAUAUGCAGAGUAUUGUAUUAUUUCACAACUGAGUUAAAAGUCUAUUAUCAUC